AUGAGGCCCACCACUGCUCUUCUAGCCUUUGCUGCUUCGUCAAGCGCAUCGCCGCUUUUUAGCAAGCGACAAGAUGUCUUGGACAGCAAGGAGACACUCUGCAAGGGUUGGGAUCUCCGAACCCCAGAAGGUGCUGACGACCUUUGGGAAAGGACGGCGGCGGGUGUUUCUCUUGAGCUCUUCAUCAAGGGCCAGUGGGAGCAUGAGAACUCGUGGGUUAAGAACAUGGAGGACCAAGUCCAGGGCGGCACAUCAGGCAAGUCUGGUGCCGCCGGCUGCGCCGCCCUCGGCAACGACUGCAACCCCAUGAACGGCAUGAGUUGCGAAGAUCAGUUCGACAAGUUCGGAACCUACCCGCUGGCCAAGAACUCGUACUGGAUCUUCCAGGCCGUCAAGGGCCUGCACGAAAAGUUCAAGGAGCUCAGUCGCCAACUCACCCAAGAGACUCUCAUCAACGGGUUGAGGAUCCCACAGAUGGUGACGGACUUUGAUGGGUCUGAAGGCGAGCCGGGUAAUGUCCUGGGCUGGCUGGCUGCUGCCUCUACCAUUGGUAACGCCGUCGGAGGUCUCGUUCCGGGAGCUGGUGGCGGUAUCGCAGCGGGCUUCGGUAUCCUAGGUGGUAUCUUCUCCGGUCUCGCCGGCCAGGGUCAGGAUGAGAUCGACCAAGGUUCCAUCUCAAGCGCCCUCGCCAACGCCUUCGACCAGGCUACCACUGCCCUGGAGAAUACCCUCCGGAUCGCCACAGGCGGCGGCACCAGCCAGGAUGAGUACAAUUCUCUGCCCGCCCCCAAGUGGGACACGUAUGAGACCAAGAUUGCCAAGUUCUUCAACGGUGGCUGGUUCCUCGUCGACGAUGACGAAGAGGCCGUCCGCGUUGCAAUCGCGUCCAUCAGCAACAACAUCCAGAAGAAGGUGGCCAACGACGUCAUGAAGGCUGCCAGGCUGCACCUCGUCGCCGACAAGCGCGACGGCUAUCUCUCGCGCGAGGACUGCGGCUAUGCCCCUGGCCGCCAGUGGCUGGAGCUGAAGGCUGGCGAAGAGUACUGCUUCUACAUCAUGAGAAACAACCCGAACAACAAUCGCAUCAACGACUGGGUCGAGGUGGAAGCAGACAUCUACGACAAGAUGGCCUCGUACGGGCUCGGCGAUCGUGAGCCGUACUACCGCGCCAACAUUGACUGUGCGCUCAACGGCGGCGAUAACGAUGAUAUUGACCUGGGCAGCAUGGUCUGGGGCCAAGUGCCGACGUGCUACUUCACGCUACCAACUGUCUUUAUUGAGAAGGACAACGAUGUCGGCUGCGGGAGCCCCUUUGACGAUCCGAACUGCAACUACCUCAAAGCUACACCGGUAUCGUAA